GUUUUUUUAUCUGACGGAGGAGGGAGUAUACAUUUUCACGAUGCCCUUUAGUAUACACCUCCAUUAUUUGACCGUAAAUUUAGAGCCUUAGUGGCAGAUAUAUUAUUGCUACACAACGCAAUGCCACGGCUAUUUAUAACACGAAUGCUGUAGAGUAAAGCUGCACACACACCACAGUAGUCUAGUCUACAUCUAGCACGUACGUAGUACUAGUACAGUAGCUAGAGACAUGGGCGACAUGGUGCUUCUCGCCACGCGCCCAGGAGUAGUCUGCCACAGGCACAGGCUGCCGGUGAUUUCAUGUGCCGCAAACACAAAGCCGUCGAGGCUUAACCUGCCGCCGGGGCCAAGCACGCUGCCGCUGAUCGGCAGCAUCCACCACUUCGUGCCGUCGAGCGAGAGCGUGCACGGCGCGAUGCGGAGGCUGGCACGGGAGCACGGCCCCGUCAUGCAGCUCUGGUUCGGCGAGGUGCCCACCGUGGUCGCCUCGUCGCCGGAGGCCGCGCAAGAGGUCCUCCGGAGCAAGGACAUGGCGUUCGCCGACCGCCACAUGACCAGCGCCACGGCGGCGUUCAGCUUCGGCGGCAGGGACGUCGCGCUGGCGCCGUACGGCGAGCGGUGGCGCCACCUCCGCCGGCUGCUCACGCAGGAGCUGCUCACCGCGGCGCGGGUGCGCUCGUUCCGGCGCGUCCGCGAGGAGGAGGUGGCGCGGCUCGUGCGCGACGUGUCGGCCGCCGCGGCGUCGGGCGGCACCGCCGUGAACCUCACCGAGAUGGCCGCCAAGCUGAUCAACGACAUCGUGCUCCGGUGCUCCGUCGGGAGCCGGUCCAAGUACAGCGACGAGUACCUGGCGGCGCUGCAUGCCAUGGUAGUCCAGUCGUUCUCGCUCAGCGUCGCCGACCUCUUCCCGUCGUCGAAGCUCGCGUCCAUGGUGGCGAUGGCGCCGCGGAGGGCGCUCGCGAACCGCAAGAAGAUGGAGCGCAUCAUAGAGCAGAUCAUCCAAGAACGCAAGGACCAAAUGGAGACGGACACCGGCGAUCAGGCGGCGGCGGCGGAGAGAAAGUCAUGCUCUCUCGACGUCCUGCUCAGGCUCCAGAAGGAAGGCGGCGGACCGAUGCCAAUUACAAAUGAUGUUAUAAUUGUGCUUUUGAUGGACAUGUUUGCGGCGGGCACUGAUACAUCAUCAACAACACUGAUAUGGACCAUGGCGGAGCUCAUUCGUUCCCCUAGAGUAAUGGCAAAGGCACAAGCCGAGGUGCGGCAAGCCUUUGAAGGAAAGAACACCAUCACUGAAGAUGACCUUGCCCAACUCAGCUAUCUCAAGAUGGUAAUAAAGGAGUCCUUGAGACUACAUUGUCCAGUACCACUCUUGGCUCCUCGCAAAUGCCGUGAGACAUGCACGAUCAUGGGUUAUGAUGUACCCAAGGGUACAUCUGUAUUUGUGAAUGUAUGGGCAAUAUGCAGGGAUAGUAAGUAUUGGGAGGAUGCCGAGGAGUUUAAGCCAGAGAGGUUCGAAAACAACAAUAUAGAAUACAAAGGGAGUAACUUUGAGUUUCUACCAUUUGGCUCUGGUCACAGAAUAUGUCCUGGCAUUAAUCUUGGGCUGGCCAACAUGGAGUUUGCGUUGGCUAACCUGCUCUACCAUUUUGACUGGAAGCUGCCCAAUGGAAUGUUGCACAAUGAUCUUGAUAUGCGGGAGGCACCUGGACUUAUUGCCGCUAAACACACUAGCCUGAAUGUAUGUCCAGUUACUCACAUUGCUCCAAGCUGCUCAUAAAUGCCAAUGUAACAAAUAAUGCCUCUUCAAAAAGAACAUAACAAAUGUGCUAUCAGAAAUAAGGUUUACAUGAUUUCACAAAAACUUAUGUGCCUAAGCGGAAACACAUAGAAAGCUUAUUUAUGUACUCAUGCUUAAUCAUAUAUGUAUUAGGUGCUCAAUCAAAUUACAACCUAUAAAGUUUGUACUUGUAUGUUUGUCCUGCCAAAGAAAUAAUCGUGUACUUUCAUGGACAGCCCAUCUCAGAUGGGCUCAGACAUGUUUGGUUUUCUAUCA